AUGGAAUCCAGAAUGGGGGCUACUUCCCCGUUAGCAGCUUAUGAAUCAUACUCGAGAUCUUCUCCUGCGAGAUCGAUGGCCGAGUUAAAUACAAGACCUUCUCCAUUUAACACUAACACCCAAACUGGAUUGAAUCAGAGCUUUAAUCUUCAAAAAUUAACUAUGGCAGAAUUGACAAGCCAUCACGAUAUCUCGCCUCUUCUGGAUUCUGAAGUUGUGAGGUUUUUGCAACAUACUUUAGUGGGAAUAGAUUCAAACUUAGUCAUGUUUACCAAUAAUGGUUUAGAAAUCCCUCAUGGUUUCUCUAAUAGUCAUCAAUAUUUUUUGAAAGACUUGUUUGAGCUUGCACUUUUGUAUCGAUAUUUGAGCACAUAUGUUCACAAUACGAAACAAAUGGAAUCCCCUAUCAAAAGAGCAUUUCUUACAUCAGUGAGAUCAUACUUGGAAGAAUAUUCUUAUUUCAUUGAGAAUUUAUUCCACAAUAAUGACUUAACAUUACAAGAAGCAUACAAUGCAUGCUAUUAUCCUUGGCUAUUCCAGGUUCGUUUUAUAAAUACAUUAUUUAAGAAGUACUUCGAUACUGACAGAAACAUACCUGGUGAUCAAUUACUUUCUAAGAUGUAUUCCCUUAGCAAGUUUGGAGAUUUGAAUCUUUCUAGCCUUACAUUCCUCGGUCAUUGCAUGAAUCCGUAUUUUGAAAUAUUGGAACAUUGGCUUUUAAGAGGAGAACUAAUUGAUCACGCUAAUGAGUUUUUUAUAAGAUUUGAUGAAUCCAAAAUGAACUUUAAUGAGAUGAUAAUAUUUGAUGCUUCGAGAGUCCCACGAUUUUUCACUCUCAAAGUAGCCAAAAGAGUCUACCAUAUAGGUAAAAUGAUUACAUUCUUGAGUAAAGUGUGUCACGAACUUGAAUGGGUUGAUAAGUAUAUAUCCAGUGAAUCUGAAAUCAUUCAAAAAAAGAUACAGGGCUCAUUACAAUUCCAUGAUAACUUAGAAUCGUUGAUCGAUUCUUUGUAUCACCAACUUCUUAAGAAGUUUACAAGUGUGAUUCAUGGCUCUCAAAAUGAAUUGUUAAUUCAUAUUUUAAAUUUGAAAGAUAUUUUGUUGACAAAUCGAAAUGAUUUGAUUGAACAAACAAUUCGGAAAAGCUCUCCUUUACUUAAUCAUGUGGCAUCUGAUAUUUCGGGGUCAUAUUUGACUAGGUUGCUUAAUGAAUCUCUGUCUACUCUACUAGAAUCCAAGUUUCGUUACUUAAAUCGGAUUGACGCCAGACUCCUUACUAGUGACCAUGGUAGCAUUGGAUGGGAUGUUUUUACGUUUGAUUAUCGAUUGGAAGAUUUACCAAUUCAUCAUAUCAUCAAUUAUCGUGACUCCUUUAGAGAGUAUUUGAAAAUUUUUAAUUUUUUUUGGAAAGUUAAGCAUUUACAAUACUGUUUGGAUCAGUUAUAUCUUAAAACAUUUAAGAAAACUGUCUCGAAGACACCACAAACCUUAAGAUUACAUUUAAGGAACAUUUCCAUAAUCCGCAACCAAAUGAGUUUAUUUUUAUCGUUUCUUAUGUCUUACUUCUGUUACAAUAUAGUUGAAGAGCUGUUUCAAAAGCAUAUUGUACAGAAUUUGUUCAAGUCCAAUCUUGGAAACACACUGCAGCACAUAUUACUCAAUCGAUUUGUUAAAUCGGUAAGGGACAAUUCCAUAUCCACUAACAGUGAAGGAGGGAACAAAUCAUUAAAUGAUUUAACUAUGGACGAACUUGUGGAUCUUCAUACCACGUACUUGAAGAAUAUUACUUCGAAUAAGCUUUUGAGCACAGAACAUGUUGGCUCCCAUUCCAAGCAAAGUUUUAUCAUGACAAUAUACGAUAUAUUAACCACGAUUAACAAGUUUGAAGAAAGUAGUACAGUGUUUUAUGCUUGUGUUGAAGAAUAUGAACAUGAAGUUCUACUUAACCUGUCGCAGAUGUUGGAAUAUAACAACCCCAUAGUAACCUCACUGAUGGCACGUGCCCUACGUGAUAUUAACCAAAGAGGUAAAGAGUUAUACAAUGAAAUCUACCAAACUGAUGGGACCUAUGGGUUAGGCAAAAGUGCAAACUUCAUUCUUUCUUUCGAUUUGACCACGGAAAUAUGGAAGAAUGAAGAUGUUUAA